AUGCCGGAUCAGGACAAAAAGUUGAAGAGCACAGAAAAAGCAACAGAAAAAAAGCCUCCUAUAUCUCUUAGGGAUUAUUCUGAUCUCAAAAGGCUUCAGUCUCUCUUAAGUGUUCAGUCAAGGAACCAACAGCUUCCAGCUAUAUAUUUUGAAAGUGGUCAAAAGACAAGAACUUGGCAAAAUGUCAAAAGCAAUGAACAAAAGUCCAAUGGUCAAUGACAAGAAUCAACAGAAGCUGUUGAGCUUGAAAAAUUUAGUGUGACCCACAAGAAUGAGAGAAAUUUUAACAAGCAUCCCAAGUGUCAGCUGUUUCAAGAUAUCUUCACAACUUUAGUUAAGGACAGACUUGCCUGCAGGCAAUGGGUUAUUCAAGCUCCAUCCAUCCAUUUUCUUAGAGUAUUAAUCUGCCUGAGAUUAUUAAUAAGGGAUCCAUGUACCAGGUCAGAAAUGCUCGACAGCCUGCGUGGAAUUGAAAAUCUAGCUCAGUAUAUGGAAACAGCAGCAAAUCGUUAUUUUAAUUACAGAGAAGAGCAGCAUUAAGUAGACAAGUCAGUCAACAUGACAUAUAUUUUCCAAAGGCUUGCUGCUGUUAGAAAGCAGAGAGAAUGGGUUAUAGCAAGUGGAGCACAUAAAACCUUAGUAGAUUUGUUAUCUGCCAGAGACAGCCAUGAGUUUUUUGGUGACCUUCUUUCCGCGACUAGCUCAGCAGAAUGUCCAAAAUGUAGGGAGGAGAUAAGUGAGAUUGUUGAGAAAUUGCUGGUGAUAUUACAUGAACACAAUUUUCUCUCUAACAGGUUCACAGCAGAGUUGCUAUGACUCCUUUGUGCAGAGUCAUGAGUCAAAAAGCAAAUAAAAAUGUAUGAAGGAGUUGCAGUCAUGCUCAGUUUUCUCCAUUCUGAUCACAUCAAACUUCUAUGGAGUACAGUUUGUAAUCUGGUACAAGUUUGUGAAGAUCCUGAGACUAGUGUGGAAAUUUGGAUCUGGGGUAGAAUCAAGCAGCUCCUUCAUAUGCUACAGGAAUAGGGAAAGGCUCAUCUGACCCUUAUAUCAAACUCUUCAGCUGGAAGUUUAUCUAGUGCAAAUGCAGCAGGGAUAAUCCAGUAUCUUCAUUUGUCAGAUGAGCAGCCUGAUGAGAUACAAGAAAAUACUUUCUCACUUCAAGCAGCUUGUUGUGCUGCAGUUACUGAACUGGUGCUCAAUGAGGCUCAUGCUUACCAGCUUGUACAGCUAGGAAGAUUUUAUUCAGCAAAUGCAAUAUAUACAAUAGCAAAGCCUAUUUUACCAGACAAAGAAAGAAAUGCUGAAAAAGCCAGUUUAUUGCAGUAUUAUAUUUUCAGAGCCCUGAAAUUUCUCUUCAGUAUGGAAAGAAAUCGACAUAUUUUUGAAAGCUUUUUUUCACAAGCUGACUUUUGGCUUGCAAAGCGAAGGCAAGAAAACAGCAAACUUGCCUCAGUAGUGGGAACCAUCCUAUACUCGUGUCCUGAAGUUGUAAAGGGUGAGCUGUAUGGAGAGAAGGCUGAUGUCUGGGCUGCUGGAUGCAUCCUUUAACAGAUGGCCACUCUGAACCCACCAGUCUACAGCACCAAUAUGCCCUCCUUGGCAACUAAAGUAUUCGGGGCUGUGUAUGAACCUGUGCCAGAAGGACUGUACUCUGAAAAAGUCUCAUUUACCAUUAAGAGCUGCUUGACUCCUGAUGCAGAGGCACAUCCAGACAUAGUGGAGGUCAACUCACUGCUGUCAGAUGUGAUGAUGAAGUACCUGGAUGUUUUAUCCACCUCUCAUCUCAUGCUGGAGAAGAAACUGGAUUGGGAGAGGAGACAAACCCAGCAGUACUUCAUGGAGGCUAAUCGAAAUGCAAUAACCUAUCACCAUCAACUUUCCAUUUUAUCUCAGAAAAAUGAUGAGAAGUUGAGUCUGCAUCGUAGCAGCAGUGGAGUAGCCAGUUGCAAAAGUGAAUUUUCAGAAAAUACUGACCUUCCAGUUGACAGUUGUUAGUCUGCACAUGGAAAAGAUGAGGAAAGAACAUAUGAAGCAAUCCUGGUAGAGGAUGACAGGACUAUGGAGAAAGGUAGACAUUAGCAAAAGAAGCAUCAGGUAUUUUCUCUGAAUGACAGUGAGAUAGACAUAGUGGACAAUUCAAGCAGCUCUAGUUCAAGUAAUUUGGAAGAGUCUACUAUUGCUAUAAUUAAACUAAGCCUUAGUGCUUCUGAAAGACAGCCUCAGAUAAGAGAUUAUGUUUACGGUUCUGGAUCAAGACUGCGAUCAGUGUUGGCAGGAAUUGCGGUAUCACAAAGGAAGGUGCAUCAGAUCAGUGGUCUUGUUCAGCAGAUUCUUGUUCAGCUGCACAAAAUUAUCUUCAGCACUCAACUUCCUCCAGCUUUGCAAUGCAACUUGAAAAGGAGAAUCAGUGAGAGAUUCAAGUCCCUCUUCAGUCAGCAGAACAAUCUUUGUAAACUGAAAUUGGAAAUCAAAAACACCAUUUACUACUUGUGGUCAAAUGUUGCUGAAUUGAUUGAACCCAGUAUCUUCACAUCAGAUGGGCAUGGGAUACAUCUUUCUUCAGGUGGAAAUAUGUUGCUUCCAGCUGAUAGAAAAGGCAUUUUUGGCGCUUCUGGCAUGGCAGAAGGGAUGACAUAUGAACAGCUGCAGACUCUAAUUGAAGAGGUUCUAGAGGAAAGUGGUUAUUAUAGUUUCUCUUCUUACAGGUCAGUCUAG